AUGUUCAUUGGCGGACUUAACUGGGAGACAACGGAUCAAUCUCUGAGGGACUACUUCUCGCAAUUUGGCGAGGUGGUGGAAUGCACUGUUAUGCGCGAUGGCGCCACCGGCCGGUCGCGUGGCUUCGGUUUCCUCACCUUCAAGGAUCCCAAGACGGUCAACAUUGUCAUGGUUAAGGAGCACUACCUGGACGGCAAGAUUAUCGAUCCCAAGCGCGCCAUCCCCCGCGACGAGCAGGAGAAGACGUCCAAGAUCUUCGUCGGUGGCGUCAGCCAAGAGACGACCGACCAUGAGUUCCGCGAGUACUUUGCGCAGUUCGGCCGCGUUGUCGACGCCACGCUCAUGAUGGACAAGGACACGGGCCGGCCGCGCGGCUUCGGCUUCGUCACCUUCGAGAGCGAGGCCGGCGUCGACGCCUGCCUGGCCACGCCCCUCGAGAUCCACGGCAAGCCCAUCGAGGUCAAGAAGGCCCAGCCGCGCGGCAACCUCCGCGACGAGGAGGACGCCGCCCGCCGCGGCGGCGCCGGCGCCGUCGGCAAGUUCGGCCGCAAGGGCCAGGGCAUGGCCGGCAACGGCAUGGACGACGGCUCCGCCGGCGCGCAGGGCGGUGCCAUGGGUGGUAUGGGUGGCAUGGGCCCCGGCACCGCCGGCAUGUCGGGCCAGGUCAUGGCCCAGUAUCUCCAGCGCAUGCAGCAGGCCAUGGCCAUGUUCCAGCAGCAGAUGAUGAUGAACCGCAACAUGAACCCGGCCAUGUCCCAGAUGCUGUACAUGCAGCAGAUGCAGCAGAUGCAGCAGAUGAUGGCCCAGCAGCAGGGCGGUCGUGGCGGCGGCGCCAUGCCCCCCGGAAUGGCCAACAUGAACCCGGCUAUGAUGCAGCAGCAGAUGCAACAGAUGCAGCAGAUGAUGAACCAGCAGGGCGCCGGCGGUGCCGGUGGUGGUGGCGGUGGCGCUGGUCCUGGUGGUCCGCAGGGGAUGAGCCCUGGCGGGAUGAGCCCCAGCGGAGAGGACCAUGGUGCCGGGGCCGCUGUUGUUGCCGGGGGUGGUGGCGGCGGCGGCGGUGGUGGUGGGCCGAACCGGGACGGGUACAAUGCCUUCGAGCAGCAGCAGCAGUUUGGGCAGCAGCAGGGGCCCGGCCAGGGUGCGGGCCAGGGCCGGCGCGGCGGGCGCGGAGGCGGCGGCGGUGCGGGCGGCGGCGACAUGCACCAGCAGGCCUACAACCAGGGCGCCUACAUGGGCGGUGGCGGACCGGGCGGCCCCACCAGCUGGGAGGGCAUGUAUGACGACGUCCCCCAGCCCAUCAUGGCCCAGGGCGGUGGUGGCGGUGGCUUUGGCCCUGGCGGCGGUGGCGGCGGUGGUGGUCGUGGCUUCCACAAGGGUGGACGCGGUGGUGGCCACCAGCAGCAGAUGCCGCAGGGCCCGAUGGAUCCCGCCAACGCGCCGCCGGCGAACGCCCCGACCGGGCCGAAGAAUGCGGGCAGGCCGGGCGCGAACUACCGUGGUGGCGGACGCGGUGGGAACAGGGGUUUCCAUCCCUAUGCGAGGAGCUAG